AUGAAAAAUUUAAUCUCAUUUAUAUAAAUUUUCAUAUUUAAUACUUUAGCAGUUCUCAUUGCUAAAUACUAAUGUGAUUGCUCAUUAUUUUUAGAUGAAUUAGUUUGUUAAGAGGUGGACACUUGCGAUUGGAUUAAUGAGCUUUGUGUCCAAAAAGAUUGUUCUAAAUUUAAUGAAAAUGAAUGCGAUUUAAUAUAAAAAUGUAGUCUUAAUUCCGAAGGAAAAUGUGAAGCUACUCAAUUUUGUUCAACAUAUUAGGUAAAAGAUUAAAUUGAUUGUAUUAUAAAAAAAGGAAAUUGUGCAGCAGAAAAUAUAACAAAUGAUGCUGGAUUUUAUUAAUGUAAAUCUUAUAUUCCCGUUGAUUGUAAUUCAUUGACAGAUGAAAAUUGUUAGAAUAAUUAUGAAGAUGGUUAAACAUUUUGUUGGCUUAAUUCAACUAAAUAAUGUUAAAGUUAUAGCAUAAAUUCUUGUCUAGGAUUACCGUUAGAUGUUUGUGAAAAAUUAAAUUGUAAAAUCUUAAGUGAUGUUUGCUCAUCCUUUUAAUGUUCUGAUUUGACAUCACAAGAAUAGUGUACUUAUGUUAAAAAUGGUUAUUGGGGAGAAUUAACACCUUGCUUAUGGAAAGUAGAUUCAACUCCAAAAUGUAUUAAUAGAACUGAUACAAGCGAUUUAACUAUUGAAACAUGCUCUAAAAUGACAGAUGGAAGAUAUUACUGGAAAAAUGAAACUUGUGUUUCAUGUCCUAAAAAUUAUGAUGAUUAGAUUAGCUCCUCGUUCUAAUUAAUUCUCUUUUUAAUUUGUAUAUUGCAUGAGCUAUGA